GCAUUUCUGGCAGCUGGGAUGUUCUUGGCAGAAAACCCCGAGCUUUGGUUUGGCUGGGUGGAGAGGACCAGCCCCUCUGGCGUCAUCCUGCCAUUCCACACAGUCUUCACUUCCCAUGUUGUGCCAUGGAAAACUGUAUGUGUUGCAAGGGAACAAGUUGAUCAGCUAUAGGCUGACCUCAAGGAAUGCAGUCCAACAAACUCUCAGAUAAUGUGGAGGGAAAUCCUGACAGGGUGGAUCCCUUCUACCAGCAAGUCCAGGAGUUCAUUUCAAGAGUUGUUCAGAAGAGGCCUGACUACUGGAUAGGUCUCAAGAGGGACAAAACGGCACAGUGGUCCUGGGUUAAUGGAGAUAAUUAUCAUUCAACUCCACAUUUCUGGGAUGAAAAUGAACCUGCUCAUUGGGAUAUUGAGUCCUGCGCCCACUUAAAAGGAUCUGACACAGUGCAUCGAAAGCUGAUGCAUGAUGCUGACUGUCGCAGUGAACGGUAUCACAUUUGUGAACGCAAACUAGAGAAAGGCAUGUGGUAGGAAACUUUGCAUUAGACUGUUCUCUUAAAAUCAUGCUCUGGACAUGCUCCUUCUGACAUUGUUAGAUGUUUGUAGAUGUCCUCUUUUUUGUUUGUAAACUGUACUUGCCUGACUGAUGCAUAUUUAAUGUACUUUUGCUAUUCAUAAGUCACUGUUUAUAGUGUUCCAGUGUACAGUCCUGUUAUAUGAAGACAUCCAAUAAAGUAAAAUUUUCACUAAAAUUUA